AUGCCGUACCCAUGGGUUCAAAUCGUUGAAGGAAAUCCACCAUCAGCCGCCAUCAGUCUGCCUCCAUCCAUUCAACGUUCACAAAGGCCCUCCGUCGUCAGUGUAGUCGACGACGAGCCCAUGCGUGAGGAAGGCCAAGGAGUCGAGGUGAUUCGCGCCAGGAAGCAUAUCGUCAUCAAUGAAGUCAACUUUCAAUGCCACGCCUUUUCUCAAGCCCAUCCGGCCCGUAUUCCAGGCCAUGUGAAGUACCCUGUGCGAUGCAGUCGCGCUGGUGGGGUGAUUUGUCGAUGGUCCAUGCUUAUGAGCGACGCUGUUCUCUUCGUUGCCAAGGACGUACCGUCUGCGCGUCGGCUGCUCCGUGCGUGGGACCUAGAGUGCAGGGGCCUGCCACCUAUCCACCGUCCAGUAGGAAGCGUCGUAGUCAGGAACAUUGGCGAAAACAUCGACCUGGAGAGCCUGGCCAGCACGUUCAUCGGUGAUGGAUUAAACUGCUGUUUCGGCGACGUAAAAGUGACCCGAGGUGUGUAUAAACCCGGAAAGAUUCCUGUUGAUGUACUCUCCCGGAUUCGAGACGUGAGAAAUCAGAGAAGGGAGGAAAACACACUCUGGGAUUGGUAUACGAUGUUCCGGGUCUCUCGCGGACUUUUGCAGCAGUUGGCCAGUGCGCCCGAGGCCGCGCCGGGCAUGAACUUGGACGUCAGCUACCUGACGGCAUUCGACCAAAGCCGGUUGCCCCAACCGCUGAGGCAGAUGAGACCCUGGCUAGAGGAGGCAUGGGCAGAGUGGAUCCAGCAGGCUAUGUCUCUGGACGAUCUUCGACAGAUGAGAUUGCCCAUACUGGCGAAUGCCCUUUCACACGAUAUGGCGGCCUAUUACGAUGGGUUCUGUGGCCAGACCGUUUUUAGGGAAAUCUAUCAUGAUGCACUGACGAAAGCGCUGUCAUACCAACGACUCAUGCCGACGGCCGACGCUAAGGCACUCGUAACCUCUGUGGUCAAGACGACGAUUGGCCAACUGCGUCACGCGGACCCAGAAGGACGUCGAAAAUCUCGCACACACUUUCUUCAUCGGCACAGCGCCAGCGUUGCGGGGAGCAGGUCCUCCCGUCUGUGUCUCGUAUGCUUUGUGCAGCCUCCCGAGGUGUUUCUCCCUUGUGAAUGCGCAUUGUGCGAGACGUGCUACCGCGGAUAUGGCAACAGUACGAUGAGCGGGACUGUAAUCACAUUUGGUAGGUGCAUUCUGUGUGCAAUGGCGUUUGUUUCUGGAUGUGCCGUUCGUCUCAGACCGCUCACGGCGGGAUGCCGCGUCCUGGCCCUCGAUGGAGGCGGGGUGAAGGGCAUCGUUCAGCUGCGUAUCCUGCAGAUGCUUCAGAAGGUGACCGGACUACCUACUCAGAUAUUCUUUGACCUCGCCAUCGGGACCAGCGUCGGAGGCAUCAAUGCCUUAUCGAUCGGCGUAUUAGAAUCAUCGCUGGAUACCUGCGAACAGAACUUCAUACAGCUAGCGCGCAGGAUAUUCCCCAAAGCUUCGACAAAGAUAGGACGGUGGUGCCAGAAACUGUCGCGAUGCAUCCGUUUUGUGUGCAAAGACAGCAUCUACAGCCCUAGCGGGCCGAUCCUAGGGUCUAUCACGGGCGAAGCGAGACUUAGGGGACCGCGAAAGUCGCUCUACGAUCGGAAGCCGUACGAGCAGAUGAAGGUGGCUGUAACGUCCAUCGACUCAAAAACGAGCAUGUCGAAGCUGUUCACCACGUAUGCGGGCCAUGAGAAUCGGCAAGCAGAGUCUGGCAGGCCGAGGCCCCUGCUGGUCCGAGAGGCGGCCGAAAUCACGUCGGCCGCUCCUGUGUACUUUCCGGCCAAGCGUCUUGGGCCGUCCACUUCGUCAUACUAUGACGGGCUGGAGAUUCCAUUGCUACAUGCGCGGUCCGAAGCGCUACGGCUGUGUCCUCGCAAGACGGUUCCUGAUUACAUCCUCUCGGCAGGUAACGGGGUGAUGAAGGCAGCCCCAAACGGCAUGUCGAACUCACUGUCUCGAUUUGCUCACUUUAGCCUGGAAUCUCUGUGGGGACACCGGCAGUAUCAGAGGCUAGGUGGGCCAGCGGGGGAAGCGUUCAAUGAGUUCCGCAUCGACCCCACUCUCGAUAUGGAAGCGGUGGCGCUGGAUGACGCAGAUGCCAUAGGCAAGCUGAUUCGAAAGCUGGACCGAGAAUUUCUCGUCAAUCGGGACCUACAUCAGCGUAUGCAACAAGUCUCGCUAGUCAUGAUCGCCUCUCUAUUCUAUUUUUCAUUCGACACGACAACGCGAACGACCAGACGCGGUGAGGUACUAUGCAGAGGGUUCGUCGCUUGUAGGUAUGGAGACGACCCAUCAGUCACGAGAGUGCUCGCGACUCGGUUCAAGGGGCUUUCCCUUGUGGUAGCUGGUAGCGAGUAUAAGAUCGCUGCGGACGAGCGGACCGUCGUGAGCUUCACUUUGCCGUCGUGGAGUGUUCCCUUCGAUAUCAGGCUUAAGUACAAUGAUACGUCCUCUUCGAUCUCCGGAUUUCCACAGACUGCCGACGCCUUACUUGACUUACAAGCUCAUAGUGACGGUAGCGUAUGUGUAGACCAGUCGGUGCGGAAGAGGAAGCUCUCUAGGACGGGAAACACAUCGGCAGGUCGUUCGGAGAAGAAGAGACGGAUGGAUAUGUAA